AUGACAUCCCGAUUCCAUCCCCUGCAGCCUAUAGGCCAGGAUAUCUACUUGUAUCAACCGUCAAAUCCCCAUCCCAAUCACAAUCUGACGGCCUCUCCUUCCCUGAUAACACUCUGUACGUGGCUCGGAGGCGCAACACCCCAGCGCAUCCAAAAAUACAUCAAUGGCUAUCGAUCCCUCUACCCCGACUCGGCCAUUCUACUUAUCACUACGCGCAUACUGGAAAUUAGUGCUCUUCCAUUCAGUGUUCUCCACGCGCGAUUAGGCCCCGCCCGCGACGUGAUUCGGCAAUUGAACAGCUCCACAGCAAAGGGAAAUCCCCCUUCUAUUCUCCUGCACAUCUUCUCUCAUGGCGGGUGUAACACUGCUCUCCAGCUAGCGAUAUCGCUAUGCACGGAUUGGAACCACCCUUCCUUCGAGAUCGGAAAAUAUCUCGGCGUUGUUAUCUUCGAUUGCUGUCCCGGAGAUACAUCCUUUGACCGGGCUUAUCAGGCUGCGGCGCUUUCUCUUUUGAGCUCUUUGCCAGGCCAAAUGGUAGGAAAAUUGUUACUGUACCCUGUUAUGGGUCUUAUCAAUGGCCUUCAGAUGGCUGGAUGGAUGAGCUCUGUGCGGGACUUGCGGAAACAGCUGAAUGAUCCUCAAGUUUUUGGGGCCUCGGCUGCUAGGUUAUACUUGUAUUCUACAGCUGAUCGAAUAGUUAGGUGGGAGGAUGUUGAGUCUCAUCAGAGGGAGGCUAAAUCUCUCCUGGGAUGUGCGGUGGAGGGUAUUGCAUUUACGGAUAGUCCGCACUGUGCCUUGGUGAGGGAUCAUGCUGAUCAAUAUUGGGCGGAGAUAAAGACGUUUUGGACAAAAAGGAGAAGCAAGGAACCUAAUUUGAUGAGCUCUGUACUAAGCGAGCGGCUUCGCAGCCGACUUUAA